CAACUCGUGUUUCACUAUAAAUUCACCUAAUUGACUUCAUCUUCUAUUCAUCCUCACAUCUAAUAAUUUCUCUUAUCUCUCUCCUCUGCAAAUCACAAUGGCUAAGUUCACAACCAUUUUCAUCAUGGCUCUCCUUCUUUGCUCAACACUAACCUAUGCAGCAAGGCUGACUCCAACAACAACCACCGCUUCUUCCAGAGAAAACUCCGUCAAGGAAAUUGAAGGAGACAAUGUUGAAGAAGAAAGCUGCAUAGGAAUUGGAGAAGAAGAAUGUUUGAUAAGACGAAGCCUUGUUGUUCACACCGAUUACAUUUACACUCAGAAUCACAAGCCCUAAAUUUCUAUGUAUUAGAGUAAUUAAUUAACUAAUUAUAUUAUCAAAACCUAUCCCUGUACUUUCUGAUUUCUGUUCGUCUUUUUUUUUUGUUUUGUUUUUUGUUAUUGCUAUUUUAAUUUUUUAUUGUCACUUUGAGAGUUCUUAUUUUUCACGCUCGUUUGUAUAAUUAUGGAUUUUAAUAUAGCUAUAAGUAUUUUUAUUUUGUAACGUUUAUAUUAAGUCACAACAAAUAUUUGAUUCUGUCCAA